CAAAAGUCAGCAAUGAAGUUCUUCCUGCUUCGUCUGCUGCUGCUCCCAUUUACAGCUGUGUUGGCAACAGCCCCAGUCAGAGCCCCAAGACAAAACGUGUUGUCAUUUCUAAAUGAUGCAUUUGGCACAACUACAGAAGAGCCUGCAAAAAUAUCAGCACAAGGAAAUCCUCCAAGUCCAGUAAAAGAGCCAAAUUCUGAAGACUCGUCCGCAGCAACAUCAGCAGAGAGUUUCCCCAUAGAUGGAUUUCCAGAGCCUUCAGGACCUGAUAAAAAUGGAGGUGAAAGCAGAGAUGCAUCCGAAGACCUCGACAGCCAUGAGAUCAUGGUUCCUUUUCCUUUGGGAAAAGAGCCUGCUUUAUGGAGGAGGACAGCAAGAGGGAAAGGCGACACGCAGCUGGCGGAUGUGACCGGCAGACCGUUCCAGGACCAUGCACACCAGAAGCAAAGCCAGAUUCAAGGGCAGCUCCAAGCAAACAGGGAGAAGACUGAUCAGAAUAGUGAGGAAGGAAUGAUGAUCGAGGCUGAAAGUUGGAGACAAAGCAGCGAUUUAUCAAGACAGGCAACAGGAGUUCAAGGAAUGAGUGGAGGGUUGGCCCCAGAUCGAAGCAGGGAGACUCCAGAUUGGGACAGUUUUGAGGACAAGGAUGGCAGACUGCCUGUGAUGGGCAAAAUUACACACGAGGACUAUGAUGAAACCAGAGAACACAUCAGCUCUGAAUUCAUUUGAGCUCAGCAUCUUAUCUGUUCAUCAGCCAAGAGCCGCCUGACGAUCCGGGGAGGUGCGUUCCCUCGGCUUCUCAACAGUGUUUUCUGCACACAUCUCUGACCUGAUUUAAGAAGCAACUCAAGACAUAGUCCUCAGUUCAGUUCUCAGGUUUUAUCUGAUUAUCGGAUGAAUGUUGAUGAUCUGUUCUCAGCGAAUAUGUAACAGUUAUUUUUCCUCUUAUUAUUUUUUUGCCAUUUUUUCCUUGUAAUGAGUCAGGGACCAUCAUCUGUUGACUCACUGGAAGCUGACUGACUGCUUCCAAAUACACUUGCUUUCUGGAAUUUUGUCAGCCAAAUUUAGUGCCUAAGAUAGAUCUUUCUUUUUCUUUUGUAA